AAUCCUAAAGUUAAGAGGUCGCCAAAUAACAUGGGGCCAUGGCAAAAAAAUACAAAGGCUAGCGCACCGAAAAUUAAUUUCCUUCAAACACGGACAAACGUGACUUGCGAGUUGUUUCGUGACUCUUUGAGUCGUGACUCGUUACUCGUUGGAGAAGCUCAGCGGGAAAUCAGAUUUGUGCUUUGUCUCAGAAACAAAAAAUCCCCGACGAAAAUAAUCAAAGGGGGGAAAAUUAGAGAGCGAGAGCUAGGGUUUCCUCAAUUGCCGGCCAAGAGGAAUGGCGGAUGGUUACUGGAAUCGGCAACAGACAUCUCCUCCGAUGCUGUCUUCGGGUGGGAUGCUUAAACGACCUCGUUCUGACUACGAUGCCCCACCUUCUGGGUUGCAUGCAGCUCAUGAGAUGCAUAAUUAUUUGGCAAGAGAUGAUGAUCGAGGUGGACAUCUGUCUGUGAAGGACACAAAAACAAUUGGAUCGGCAUAUGACCGCUAUCUCCAGAGUGCGAAAUUUUCUUCUUUUACUGCUGGAGAAGCUAGUACAUAUGGUGGGUUGGGAAGGGCUGUUGGUGCAAUGCCAGCUCGUUCACUAGCCGAUCCUCCUGUGAUGGGUCGUCCUGGAUCUGCUGCUCCAGAUAUGGCAUCAAAUGGUCGAAAUGUUGGUUAUGGUGGUGAACUUCCAGUGGAUGCAAUGUCUAGGCCAGGUCGGGAUACUGUACCUCUACCUCCAGAUGCUUCCAAUACUCUAUAUGUUGAGGGACUUCCUCCUGACAGCACAAUGAGGGAAGUAGCCCAUAUCUUUCGCCCAUUUGUGGGAUAUAAAGAAGUACGACUAGUGAGCAAAGAAUCGCGCCAUCGUGGUGGAGAUCCUAUUAUCCUUUGUUUUGUUGAUUUUUCAAGUCCUGCCUGUGCAGCAACUGCAAUGAGUGCCUUGCAAGGUUAUAAAAUGGAUGAACAUGAUCCUGAUUCUAACUACUUGAGGCUGCAGUUUUCUCGGUUCCCAGGCCCACGGUCAGGUACUGGAGUUCGUGGAAGGAGGGUUUUGAGGAGUGGGUGUUUUAAUUAAAUAGUAUAUUUACAACUUGCAAUUUAAAAUGCUCAAUCCCUCCAAAUAUUGGCACUAGAGAUGCCCAAAAAUUUAGGAUGGUGAGGAUCAAGCAAUUGUUGAAUUGCUUGAACAUUUCAAGAAGCUGUGUUGUACAAUAACUUCUAGAGAAAAGAGCUCUUUGUUUUUGGUAGAGAUCAUGGUAGCAUUAGCAUUUAGUGUUUUAAGAGAGGAAUUAGUGUUUUCCACCUUACAAGCUCUGAUAUUGAUUAGUCUAGCCAACACUAUUCAGUGUUAGCUAAUGGAUUUAUUAUUGCGAAUGUUAAUUAUUUUCUCAGGAGUUGACAUCUGUUAUAUGUGAUCUAAGUCUAACUAGCAAAUCUGAUAUUGUAAAAUUGC